AUGUCUUCAUCAGGUGACUCCAGCAUUCACAAUAAACCUACUCUAACUCGAAGAAGAUCAUUUGAUAAGCCUCCUCUUGCUACUUUGCAAAAAAACGCUAACCCCAAAGAGAGAAUUCUUCGGUCAUCCUCGUCGUUUUCAGGCAAGACUAGUUCAACUUCCCAGAAACCAGUAUCUAGAGUACCUCAUAUGACUAAGGAUGCAACCGGUAAACAACGUGGCACCAGCAUGUCUGCUAGACCAGGGACCAUAAAGAAGACCACAAUCACUGGCACCAUCUCCAAGAAACAGGAUGCUAGCAGUACUAGUCAUAAUGAUAUGCACAAAUCAAGAAACGAUCAGGAUGGUCAUAAUGUUUCUACAACAAAAGCGUCAAUAACUAAUUCUUCACAUGUAGUGGAGGAUGUUAUUCCUCAGGCUGAAACUGGUCAAGAAGACACGUACAUAUCGACAGAUGAUCAGGGUGGUCCUGAUGAUUUAACACCUAAAGCAUCAAUAAUAGCUAAUUCUCCACAUGCAACCGAGGAUAUUAUUCCUCAUGCUGAACUACCAGAGCAAGAAGAUAAUCAAGAAUUGCCAGUUACUGAUACUGAGAGCGACGUGAUCAUUGACAACAGUGAAAAUGCUGACACUGAUGCAGGAGAAGACGAUUCAGCCAUUGAAGAUCAAGAAGAGCAUAAUGGAAAUGUAAAUAAUGCUGAAAUAGUUGUAGAUAACCAAGAAAUCAUUAAGAUGGAAGAACCAGAAGAGGAACAACUUGUUGAAGAAACCAGCAACCCUAAAGAACCAGAAGCAAUUACCAAUGAGCUUCAUCUUGAAGAGAACACAGUAGAAAGGAAGUUGAAGCAGUGA